GUUACAAGUUACACUUACACUUACACUAGUACGGAUUUACUCCAUUAGGCUACUUCCAUGAAGAUAUGCCCGGACCAAUAUCAACGAGUACAGUUAUGGAAUGGGCUGAAAUAGCUCAUUCUACACUUCAGAAAGCUCAAGAAUUAUGUUCGAAUGCCGAGAUCCAAAUCAAUUCAACAGAAUUUCAAUUAACUACUCAUUUACCUGAUAUACUUGAUGAAUCAAGUACAUUAUAUGAAGCCGUUAAACAUCAACAUGAAUUAAUAAUUAAAGUAAUUGAUAAUAUAUCUCAAUAUUCUAAACGUUCAUUAAUUGAAAUACCUCAAAUGCAAAUUAAUACUUUACUUAAUCCGGCAUUAAGUAAUCUUGAUGCAAUACUUUUGCAAUUACAUAGUACUACUAUUCCAUCAUUUUUAAUAUUAGAAAAUUUAGAUAAUAAUGAUAAUGUUAUUGAUAAUGAUGAUAAUACACCUGAAAGACCCUUGGAUGAUUUUAUUUCUACUGAUUCUAUUACUUUAUUACGAACAAAUGUAGAAAUAUAUAAGAAUAAUUGGUCAAAGAUACGACAAGUAUUAGACACUAAAUUACAUGACUCAAUAUCUGAACCAUGUCAUAUUCUUGUCAAAAGAUAUAAUAAGGCUAAUAAAGUCUAUGAUGAAAUCAAACCAUUACAACUUGAUGUUAAAAAUGCUAUCUUAGGUAAAUCUCCAUUAGAAUCUAAUAGUGUAAUUAGUACUCUUCUAAAGGAGAACUCAUCAUUAGGACAUGAAUUAGUUAAAUUAUUAAAGAUGUUAACUAAUCAUUAUGAUCAAUGUAAUAAGGGAUUAGAAUUAAUUAAAAAUGGAUCUUCAAUUGAUUUGGAAAUAUUAAGAAAUGAUACAUUAGAAUUACCAGAAGUAUUAAAGGAUUUGAAUACAGUUUGUGAUAUGAUAGUAAGUAAUGGAAAUAGAGCACAAAGAUAUUUGGAUACUCAUUCUUCUAAAAUAGAAGGAUUAAUCAUUACAUUAAAGGAACAAUUAGAUCUAUAUCGAGCUUUUAAAACAAAGAAUUUACCUCAAUUCAUCUUACUUGUUGAUCAAUUUGAUGAAUUAUUGAAUACAUCAUCACUACCAAAUGAUCCUGACUCUAACCAAACACCUAUUGAAACUUAUGCAAAGACUCUUAAUGAACUUACUUAUCAUUACACACAAUUUUUAAAUAUUAUUAAGACUAAAUAUUUGGAAGAAUUACAUUAUGAACAAUUUGUCUAUCCUAAAAGGUUCUUAAACUCUUUAACCAAGUUUUUGAAUGAAGACCUUUAUAAACUUCAGGCUCAUGAGAAGGAAAGAAGAAAGCAAUGGUUAGCAAAAUAUGGUGAUUUCAUACCAAAACAGUUUAAUAUCCCAGGGGAAAGGAAUCAACCUACUGUAGUUCAGGUAAUUACUGAGGGGUUGGAAGAAGUACAGCGUGAUCAAUUAGAAGUAGAAGCUGAUGAAAAGAAGCUUGUUGAUUUCAUUAAUAGAUUUCUGAGAUCAGGAAGGCGUCAACUUUGAAUAUAUAUAUAUAUAUAGAUAGAGUAUGUAUUUAUAUGGUAAUGUAGUUAUUUAGGGUAUUCCAUUUGUCACGUGACUCACAUAUAUAGUAAAAGUGAAAUAUCUCCG